AUAAUUAGUUCUCAAACAUAUUUUAACUGCGAAUCCAAAAAAUUCAAGAAGAGUCGGACCUGCAGUUUGCUGUUGACAUGAUGGGCAUCAAAGAAUCGGACACGAAGAACGCCCUGAACCUUGAAGAUGCAGACCUGAGCUCAGCAGAAGGUCUCGAGGCGCUCGGCGCAGCAGUUAUAAAAAAAAUUCGUGAUACUGAUAGACUAGAGAAGAAGACCUAUUAUGCUACCUUCCUAGAGAGCUUCUGCAAAGAACUAUGCGCUAAUUUGGAGUCUGAUGACUUGAGUAAAGUGACGGCAUCAUUAAAGGCUCUUUUCAACGAGAAGCUCAAAGCCAACAAGCCUAUUAAGGGCAAGAAAAAAGCUGGAGAUAAAGCAAAGCUUAACACCAUCAAGAAAACGCCUGGUGACUUUACCGACCAAUACAACGACAUGGCCGACUACGACGACUUCAUUUGAAGAGUUGAUACGCCGCAAGUGCUGGAGAGACUCGUGUCGUCUAAUGAAUUGCCUUUCACGUGAUGAUCGAUGUUUAUCCUGCUAUUGGUUGUUGCCUUAAUUAAUAAACACGUUAAGUGCGGGACGACCCACGGGUGGGUGGCAGGGUCUUUUUUCAAGAUAAAUUCCGCGAUUUAGUUUUUUUUU